AUGCAGAAAACCACCUUUAAAGGACUAACGCAACGUGUGAUCGAUAGGAACAUAGGGAUCUUCAAGAUACGCCCACAGCGUGUGGAGUUGAACUUUCGUCGUUGGUUCGGCAAACAGUUGCGGGGACUUUGCGAUAUUACGGCGCUUCACGGCUACAGUCAGAUAGUGCGUGAUGGAUACAGCAUGCUGGAGCGUACCGUUUGGUCCUGUGCCGUUGUGGCAUCAACCAUCAGUGCCAUCACGCUGCUGAUGAUAUCGUGGUCCUGGAGCGUGGAAACACCAACGGUCACGGUUACCGAAUCGACGAACUAUCCCACCUGGAACCUGCCCUAUCCCGCCGUAACGGUGUGCAACUUGAACAAGAUCUCCGCAACGGCCGCACUCCAACGCGCUCAGACAAUGCGUCGCCCAGGAAACAUGACAGCAGCUGAGCUAUCGAAUAUGUUUCGUUUGUUCCUGCACGUGACCGGCUUGGGACAGGCAGAUCCAGCACAAUACCGACUCUUACACGACAUCAUGCUUAUGAACAAUCUGGAAAUACCGCAACUAAUGGGAGAAUUUACGCCACCCUGUGGAACCAUGCUAGAACGAUGCAUGUGGAAAGGAACACAGUGGCGCUGUGACAAUCUGUUCCAAGUGAUCAACAGUACGGAAGGCUUGUGCUGUUCGUUUAAUUACUACGGUUUGCUAAAGGACAACUACCCGAAGAAAAUUACCGUCAGCGUUCCGAAAGACCCGAGACGUGUCAUGGCUAGCGGUUUCCAGACGGGGCUCUCGAUACUCUUACAACCAGACUCGGAGGAUUACCACUCCACGGAUGUAGGGUCGUACGGGUUUAAGUUGAUGAUCCACAGCUCUUACGACUAUCCCGAUAAUGAUGCGGAGAUAAAGAUUGUGCUCGCUGGUACGGAGUCGUUCAUCACGCUCACACCAUCCUCAACGUACGCAACCGAAGAUGCUCUCUCGUUCGAUCCAUCCGUACGGAACUGUUUCGAUCGCAACGAACGGGUGUUGAGUGUUUUGCAGCGUUACUCGUACGUUAACUGUAUGGUGGAGUGUAGGGCAGCAACGAUCUACGGAAAGUGUGGCUGCGUCCCAUACCAUUUCCCCAACAAUGGUUCCUUGCGGAACUGCGAAAUGAAGGAUAUGGAAUGUGUGGUACGGUCACGACAUCUCUACCAAACCGCUGUACCGGCUAUGAAUGGUUCGGUUGAACGGAUGUCGUACCGAUCGAUUGCACCGCCGUGUGGAUGUCUGCCAGGAUGUGAUAAAGUCCAGUACCCGUCGCAAAUGGUUACGGGAGUGAUGAAUCGUUCGUUCUCGUUUAACGCUUUGUCGUUUUUCAAAGACAUUCAGUUGAAGAAUCAAAGCUUGGUGCACAUAUUCCUUGCCGAUUUAACUGCUACACACUUUCGGAUGGAUAUAUACCAGGACUCGCUGGGUGUUCUAGCUUCUUUCGGUGGAAUAUUGGGAUUAUUUCUUGGCUUCAGUAUCAUAACGGGCUUUGAAGUGGUUUAUUUCUUUUCGAUUCGUUUGCUGUUCGAUGCACUAACGAACAAAAACGGUAACCGAAACGCUUCAAUUCAAAAUCAUGAUUGA